GCCAGGGUUCCAGCUCGUCCCGGACAGGGGAAGUGACUUCAAGCUGGCGGGCGGAGGCGAGAGCACUGUUGGCCCCAGGAUCCAGCUCUGGGAAGCUGGCAUUGUCUCCCAGUCGCUGCCUCGGAGGACCACAAUGGAAGAGGAAGGGGUAAGAAACUUCAAGGAACUUCGAGACAAAUUUCAAAAUCUUAAUGCUACACCUCUUUUGAGACCUAUUAAGUCUCCAGCUGGUGUUUCUCGAAAGGAUGAUAGAGGAUACACACAGCUGGCUCAGCAUCUGGCUAAUAGGAAGUACCUCUCAUCCCACCACCACCGAACUCUGCCUUUUUCUUCCACUGGAGUAUCUCUGCCUUUUAAAAACCAGAAAGUGACGUCAGCUCAGAGAGAUGAAAUUCAGGAGAGUUCAAGUUCCUCGGGACCUCCAGAAAAAUCUACUGUGUUUCCUGAAAGAAAUUUCCAGAAAGCUGGCAUGCCAUUGGAUGUGAGUAAAUCAAGAGCUGAGACAUCUAAUGAGGAGAAAGGAACGGCCCUCAGCAGCUUCAGAUACAAGCUUUGGAACUGGGAGAAAGUUUCCUCUCAGAACAAUGAAAUGUCCCCAGCUCCACUCCUUACCAAUGGUGGGAUUAAGACCUUCCAUCUUGAAGGGCAGAAAACCAUGGAACUUGCUCAAGGAAAGCCAGAGAAGAGCCUGAAGGCAACAGGAGUCCAGACCCUUCCUCCCCAGAGCCAUUUGAUGAUCCAGAGAAAAUCACCCAUGGCCUCCAAAGCCCCCAGUUUAUCUCUUCCUCGGUACAGCAGGAAGAGCACAGAAAGCCCUAGCACUGAGGGGAGCCGCAAGAGCAACCCAUGCCAACCUGUUUAUGAGUGUGAACUUGACAGCCUGGUUCCAGAAAAGCCAGAGAACAGGCAUCGCCAGUUUCCCAAAACAAAGCCACUGCCUUCCAUUGAGACCCUCGGUCUACCUCCCCUGAAGCCCUCAAAGCCCCCAUUCGUGAACCUCUAUGCCUUCCACAGGCAGCCAGCUGCUGUCUCCAAGACUCCGAAAGAAGUGACAAUGAAGGAUGGCCCCCUGCCUCCAGACAGUGCAGAGUUGGAAGAAGCACAUAAUUAUGACACAACGAUUUCAUAUCUGAGACACUCUGACAACUCCACUAACUUGUGUGCUGCUGGAGAAAGUGCUGAAGCCACUUAUGAAAUUGAGAUUGAAGAACUCCAAAAGCCUUGGAGGAGUUUUCUCCUUCCAGAACUGAGUCCUAGACAUAAAGAUGAAGAAAACAUCACGAAGGAAAAAGAGUCAUGUGAAUCGGAACCUCCAAAACCAAGAAAGGAGUCACACCUUACCCAUCCUCCCAAGGUAGUUGUCUGCGAAGAGACUCCAGGAAAAACCAAGAUGACUGGAGUCCAUGAGGACAGAAGGAGUGUGCCAGCUGGAAACCAGGAAGCCAUGACUGACACCAUUCAGAACAGGCUCUUCCCGGAGGAUAUGGCACUGACUAGGCAUUCCCAGGAUAAGAGUGGAUAUGUGGAGGCUUUGGAGGUGACGAAAGAAACUCCAAGUCCAAGCACCAUUAGGUCAAGCUCCUCUUCAGAGAAGACUUAUGAUGAUGUGGAGUGCUCCAGAGAAGACAUACGAAAAUGGGACUUCUCCAGCUCGUUCACCUCAGACAGCGAAGAAAAUAAUGAAGAAAUGUAUGAAGAUAUCUACAAAGCAAAGAAUAAUGACCCCAAACCAGAAGUAGCUGGGAUGGCAGCACUGAGAAGAUUGCAGCAGAUCUUCAGGAAAGAAAAUGGUGUGUUCGGAAUGAAGAAAACCAAGUCAAAAGAAAUUGUCAGCAAUGGAUUUUCUAUGUCACUGCCUGACUUAGGACCUACGUCUCAAGAUGGUAUCAUCUAUGAUGAUGUGGAGACACGUGAGAAAGAAUCAAAAGAUGAAGAUAAAGUAAAAACUUGGAAGACUAAGUUUUUGACACCAAAAGGAAGAAAGUGGGGGAAAAGCAGCCAUGGAUCCAAAAGUUUUUCUCCCAGACAUUUUUUCAGAACUAAGAAGCAAAAAUUAGAAAAGAAUAGAAUGGAAAAAGAAGAAAAACUCUUCAGAGAAAGAUUUCAGUAUGGUAAAGAAAUCAUGGUCAUUAACAGAGCUGUAGCAUGUUCCAGUAAUUCACGAAAUGGAAUAUUUGAUCUGCCAAUAACUCCUGGGGAACAGCUGGAAGUCAUCGACACCACUGAGCAAAACUUAGUGAUAUGUCGCAAUUCCAAAGGCAAAUAUGGAUAUGUGCUCAUUGAACAUCUAGAUUUCAAACAUCAGGGCUGAUCUCAUUAGGAAGGUCUGCGUGAUGUCAGGAUGUGUCCAAGGUGUGAGUUCAGCCCCACAGCUCCUUCAACUCCUGCCUCAAAAUGAGAUGGGUGGUGGAAACUUCUGUCGGAAACUCAGAAGAAAACCCUCAACAAGUCGAUGCUGGUUUUACUCCAUGAAACUUUCCUGCUGGUUCAAGAGAGUACGAAACAGUAUGUUAGUAUGAGAGCACUUGCCUAAUGAGCCAUAGCCUAAGUUUGAAAUCUUGGCUUCAGGCACCAGGGACUUGGGCAGCUGGUGAGUGAACUUCCAACGUUAGUAUACCGUGUACGUAACUUCUUGGUGCACAUCCACAUUUCAUAUGAAUUCUAUGUAGUAAAUAAUGUGACCAAGUUCCUUUAAAUGAUGAUGACGACAGCACCACCUGAGCCAUAAUCACUUGGUUUGUUUUUUUAACCAAGGUGAACGACUAGAAGACAAGUACUGCUGAAGGGAGCAGUUUGCUAGGUGGGAGGUUGUGGGGGUGGAUUCUUUUCUAACUCAACCAGAACUAUUGUUUAGAAGUGUUUAAGUAUAUUUAACAAACAUGUGAAAAUAUAUAAAAUAUAUACAUGUUGUAUCAUGUUAAAAUGGGGAAAAUUAUUAAUCUAUUGGCUAAAACACACCCAAAUGCAUUUCAUUUAUAUGACAGUAAGUAGAAUUUAGUUGUAAAUAAGAUUCUGGUUCUACCUGAUAUCCACUGUAUGUUAAUAAAGUCUACAUAUGCUUUUAACUAACUA